GACGUGUGUUGUGCUCAGAGGGCUUUGUCUAGCCAUUUAGAGCCAUGUCUGAUAACGGAGAACUGGAAGAUAAGCCUCCAGCCCCUCCCGUCCGAAUGAGCAGUACCAUCUUCAGUUCAGGGGGCAAAGACCAGCUGUCUACCAACCACAGCUUGAAACCCCUGCCCUCUGUACCAGAAGAGAGAAAACCUAGGAACAAAAUCAUCUCCAUCUUUUCUACUGAAAAAGGAAGCAAGAAAAAGGAAAAGGAAAGGCCAGAAAUAUCUCCUCCAUCAGACUUCGAACACACCAUCCAUGUUGGCUUUGAUGCGGUGACUGGAGAGUUUACUGGAAUGCCAGAGCAAUGGGCUCGCUUACUACAGACCUCAAAUAUCACCAAGCUAGAGCAGAAGAAGAACCCUCAGGCUGUACUAGAUGUGCUGAAAUUCUAUGACUCCAAAGACACAGCAAAGCAGAAGUAUCUGAGCUUCUCUGCUGCAGAAAAAGAUGGACCAGCAACACCCAAUGCGAAAGGGUCAGAGCCCUCAGCAGCAGUAGCCGAUGAUGAGGACGACGAUGAAGAGGCUCCUCCUCCAGUUAUUGCCCCUCGACCGGAUCACACAAAAUCAAUUUACACACGCUCUGUAAUUGAUCCCAUCCCUGCACCAGUUGGUGAUAGUGUUGAUAGUGCCGCCAGGUCGCUUGACAAGCAGAAAAAGAAGACCAAAAUGUCAGAUGAAGAUAUCAUGGAAAAGCUACGGACUAUCGUGAGCAUAGGAGAUCCCAAGAAAAAAUAUACCAAAUAUGAAAAAAUUGGGCAAGGGGCUUCAGGUACAGUUUUCACAGCCAUUGACGUGGCAACAGGACAAGAGGUUGCUAUCAAACAGAUAAACCUGCAGAAGCAGCCCAAGAAGGAGUUGAUUAUUAAUGAGAUCCUGGUAAUGAAAGAGUUAAAGAAUCCCAACAUAGUCAACUUCUUAGACAGUUAUCUGGUGGGUGACGAAUUGUUCGUUGUGAUGGAGUACCUUGCCGGAGGGUCGCUCACGGACGUGGUCACAGAAACAUGCAUGGAUGAGGCCCAGAUUGCUGCUGUUUGCAGAGAGUGUUUGCAAGCACUAGAGUUCCUACAUGCCAACCAGGUAAUCCACAGAGAUAUCAAGAGUGACAAUGUGCUCUUAGGAAUGGACGGAUCAGUUAAACUCACCGACUUCGGUUUCUGUGCUCAGAUCACCCCAGAGCAGAGCAAGCGCAGCACCAUGGUAGGAACUCCCUACUGGAUGGCUCCAGAGGUGGUCACGCGGAAAGCCUAUGGCCCUAAAGUGGAUAUCUGGUCUCUGGGUAUCAUGGCUAUUGAAAUGGUGGAAGGAGAGCCCCCAUACCUCAAUGAAAACCCUCUGAGGGCUUUGUAUUUAAUAGCAACUAAUGGCACACCAGAGCUGCAGAAUCCAGAGAAACUGUCCCCAAUAUUUCGGGAUUUUCUAAAUCGUUGUUUGGAGAUGGAUGUGGAGAAAAGAGGAUCAGCCAAAGAACUAUUACAGCAUCCCUUCCUGAAACUGGCCAAACCUCUGUCUAGCUUGACGCCAUUGAUUCUGGCAGCCAAAGAAGCAAUGAAGAGUAACCGCUAAGAUUGUCACGGCCUUCGUCUUUUUAAAAAUCUUUAUAAUAUAUGAAAAUUGUUACUCUUUUUGGGGGGGUUGAAAAAAGUCUGCAAAAGGGAAAAACGCUCGCCCAGAAGACAUCUAAAAGUCAGCACAUUUCAUUUCAGGUAAACCCUUUUAGGGUCCAAAAGGAAUUGUGGACGGAAUCACUGGCCUCUCACCUCUUUUGCAGACAGCACAGGAACCCUGCUUCCCAUGCUUGGGGUUUUAAGUUUUUUGAAGACUUUGCUAUAGCCGUUCCCAUUCAUUGUGCCCUCUUGGGUACUUUCAAUACUUGAAUGACAGAUUCAAGCUUUUGGAGAGAAGCGUUAAUUUUAUGUGCUGAUCUCUUUCUUCUCCCCUUUUCCUGCUUUGGCCAUCUCCCGUAUGACUAGAUUAACAGCAAGUGUGACAGAAAUGUGAAAGGUACAUCUUACCCCUACCCCCUUCCGUACAAUUUAGCUGUGUCUAACUUUGCAAUGAAAUCUACUUUUCAGUAGCGUAUGGGGAGAGAGGGAAGAGUUGAGUUCAGCUGUCUUUCUGAUCUGUGACUGCUUAAGAGUCAAAUUUCAGUGAAGCAAGUUGUGGUGGGUCAGGCUUUUGGAGGUCACAUAGAAAGGAAGCAUAUGUUUGAAAAGACCCCCAUUAUCUUCCUUUCGGUUUCCAUUUCCCUGUCCCCCUUCCCUAGACGUGUUGGCCAAGGCAGAAGGGAUGUCUUGUGUGAUGUAGUAGGUGGUCUUAAAACCAAGUGUAUCUAUUGGGCUUUGGGAUUUAUGCUGGUGCCUUUGACUUUUUUACAUUUCCCUCCUUUGUAUCAAAUACAUUUUUGUAUAUGUUGUAAUUUUUAUUCCCAAAAGCAAAUAAUGCAACAACUUUGCAGUUGCCAAGAUUUAAGUAUUAGAACUAUUUUUUUCAUUUUCGUGUGCUCCAUUUCUACUAACAAAAUCAAAAGAACAAAUAAUUCAUCAGAUCUGAGGAAAAAUGAAGAUCCAAGACUUUUAUUAAUAAUUCUAACAAAAGCUUAUGAAUAGCUGGAGAUGCCCAAAUGCUGCUCUGUGAAGACAGUCUGAGGAUGGUGAAUAGUUCCAUCAGACAUGAGAGGGACUUACUUGAGUGGCUGGCUGAUGACUGGAGAGAGUCGUCAUGUCUUGAUGGCCCCUUCUAACUAAAGACGUUCGACCAGCGAGGUUGGCAGAAGACAGCGUUUAGUGCAAGAAAAAGUGCCUUCCCGUAAGAGCUAGCGAAUAGCUUGGGUUGAGUUCUUGAGAUGGUGCCAACUGAGGUGACAACAGUAGCAACCAUAGAAGUAUCUCUGGUCCCUGAUUUCAGCCACUGAAAUUGCUGCAUUUAUACCUAUAGAUUAUUUUCGUACGGCGCUGUUUGUAGCUCUAAUGUGCCAAAUGAAGCGCAUGAAAGAAUAGCCACUAAUUUGGUGCUAAGCAGUUACGUUGCAUUCCCCACUGGCAGUGCAUGUCGAGCGGAGAGAGUUGAAGUCCUGGGGCGAGAAGGUUCUGUCUGGUGUCUGUUGAAUUGUGUAACCGGAGUUUUAUGUGUGUUCUUUUGACUGUGGGAAGGCUCUUCUGUGUCAGAAUAAUGUCAGUGUUUGUUUGCAGAUGGAAGUGUCUACUCUGGGUUUUGGCAACCAAGAUGCGGCUGUGCUUGGAGCACUUGAACAAAAGAGCAUCUCUUUCCUGAGCCUCUGUCGUGGGGUGGCAAUCUCUCCUAACUUCUUGUUCUUACAACAGAUUGCACUAGCAAAGUGUUUUGCACCAACAAGAUACCUUCUUCAUGCAGGAAGUAAGAACCCCUCCCCCCCACUUCAGCUUGAGUUCUUGUAAUUGCUCUCACAAGAAGGGUAACACGAGAAGAACACACAACUCAUUAGCCUUAAAGCAUUAGAUGGCUUCUUUCCUAGGAGUGUCAUGUCUUGGUUUGAGUUCUCUAGAGGUGCUUCCUGUCGUACAGACUGUGUCUACACUGAAAGCCAUUGAUACCAUGAACAGGAGAAUGGCAAGGGCCUGGUUUGGAUGCAUGUCACUCAGGAUCUUCCUGUCCAUAGGGAAAAGCAAGGUCUCGGGGGUUAGAUUUCAUCUCCUUUCCUCAAUAGCUCCCUGUCUGCCCAUUGCUGGCAAUGGGCUUUCAGAGACUCAGACUCCUGGUCCAGGAGUAUAACCUGGCUCCCUUACCCCCGCAGUAGCAAACCCUAGUCUAUUGUGUACUUAUAAUGUUGUUCUUAAAUUAGCACGGAACCUUACAAUCAGUGAGUAAUUUUAACUUACUGGUUCAGUCUUAUGAAUCAAGAAAACUUCCUUCUGAUCUUCAAGUAGCAAAUCUGUCCAGAUCUGUAUCUGUAUCUCUUUAAGAGAUGAUUUCUAAACUUUUAAUUCUUUAAAAAAUAAAAUAAACCUCAUCCAGGAGUUCCCAAAAUACAUCCUAGUGCUUCUCCUGUGGCCUAGAGGACUAAGCUACAGUGAGAGAGUGCACAGGGAUGUAUGUGACUCUGCAGUAAGGUUCCUUUUGCUCCUCUUGCCAGAAGGCAUUUGGGACAGAGAGAGAGGUCCAGGAAGAGUAGGAUUAGUAGGAAUAUUUAAUUUCUGCAGCAAAGGCAGGGCAAAGAGUUAAGUGGCGACAGAAGCUGACAAAGAAAAGUAAUAGGGAAGUUGUUGUGAUGUUCUUCGUUGGGUAACAUUUGCGCAUUCUGCAUGUCUCUAGGAUGGCCACCUAUCUCCUCACCGGACACGCAGCAUGUUGCAUAUGUCUUCCAAGUGCCCGUUUCUCCCAUGUGGGAUCAGGUUAGAACUGAGAAUAGUUCAUUUGUUCUGCCCAGCCCAGUUGAAUAACUAGUACAGUGAGUGAUAGAAAUGUAGCCGUGUUAGUCUGGCGUAGCUGAAACAAAAGCCAGGACUGUGUAGCACUUUAAAGACUAACAAGAUGGUUUAUUAGGUGAUGAGCUUUCAUGGGCCAGACCCACUUCCUCAGAUCAAAUAGUGGAAGAAAAUUGUCACAACCAUAUUGUCAUAUCCUUUGGUAUAUAUGGUUGUGACAGUUUUCUUCCACAAUUUGAUCUGAGGAAGUGGGUCUGGCCCAUGAAAGCUCAUCACAUAAUAAACCAUCUUGUUAGUCUUUAAAGUGCUGCAUAGUCCUGUUUUUAGUACAGUGAGGAGAGACUAGCGUUCAGGUGGGUGAUGGAAGCAAAGUAUGGCUUGGGAACAUGCCAGGAUUCCCAGAUCUCUUGCAGUCCUCAGGUGACGGGCACUAUCACAGAAAUGCGUACGACUGAAUACUGCAGACACGCCACGUGGGAGGUGGACGUGGGAGUAGAGGGGCAGCAUACUCCUUUGAAAGCAAGUGAGCAGGCAAUGUUCGAUGCCCAGGAUUUUUGAAUAAAACAUGGAAUAAACCCGACUUCUCACCAAGCAGACAUGCUGAGUCCCACCUGAGUGUUCACUCUGUGCCGAGGAGCAGUGCGGAGCUUGUCAGGGAAGGAUGGGCAGCUCAAGGACACUGCUGCAGGUCUUGGUAGCUGGAAUUGAACCAUCUCUCUGGUCUGCUUUCUCUCUCUCCUUCGCUUGGCCAGAUGGAAAUGGACGUAGGGGCAAGCUUCACUUUUGAUUACUGUACCCAGAUUGUAAUGUUGCCUUGGUUUAAUUUAAUCUCAUUCUGUUAUUUAAUUGUUUCUGCAAUAUUAACUACUGUAUUUGAUUACUUCAUUUAUUAACUUUGUUCUUUCAGGGCUAGAAAUAAACUUUUAAAAGGUUU